AUGGCGAAUGUUUUGCAACAUCAACAUUGCUCUAUGGGGUCUGCUCAUGACAUGCUCAAAAGUUUCAAAGAGAUGUUCGGUGAGCAAAAUCGUGCGGCUAAGCAGACAACCAUGGAAGCCCUUUUGAACACCAAGAUGGCUGAAGGAUCAUCGGUCAGGGACCAUGUUCUGAAGAUGAUGGGUCUUCUGAAUGAACUGGAGGUCCUUGGAGUUGUGAUUGAUAAGAAAUCUCAAGUUGAGAUGGAAGCUCUAGUUGUAGCACUGAAUGUUGAGAAAGUUUCAAUUUCUAAGUCGAAAGGCGGUAAGAAAAAGAAGAAGGCUCAAAAGGUUUUGGCACCUGGAGGUGCAACUGGUGUGAAAAAGACCAAAGGAAAGUGCUAUCACUAUUCAGGAGCCACUAAUCAUAUCUGCACUACUUUGCAGGGGUUUCAGGAAACGUGGAGGCUAUGUGAGAAUGAAGUUUGCUAUUUUGAAGCCAAUGGCGAGCCAACACCAGCUUUAGCAUUAAAAGAUAUUAGAGUUUCGUUUAAUGAUUACUCAAAAUAUGGAUACAUUUAUCUGUUGCGCCGUAAGUCUGAAUGCUUUGAGAAAUUGAAAGAAUUGAAGACGGAAACGGAGAAACGGCAUGAUAAAUAUAUCAAAACAUUGCGAACUGAUCGUGGUGCUCAAUUAUCUGCCCCAGGAAUACCACAACAAAAUGGUGUGGCAGAAAGAAGAAAUAUAACCCUUUUGGAAAUGGAAGAAGUUAAUGAUAUCCCAAUACCACAAGGUGUGGAGGAUAACAUUGAGGCUUCAGUUCAAAAUGAUGUUGUGAUUCAACAACAAAAUCCAACUGCACCUGUAGUCACUAGUCGUAGUGGGAGAAUUAUUAAAAAACCCCUCCGGUUUGCGCUCGUGGGAGAAUCUUAUGAUAGAAUCCCUGAAGAGCCUAGUACAUAA